UAAACGGAAGACAGCUUCACUUACUGUAAGGGAUUACAAAUAUAGGAUAUGCAUGAUAUGCUUUGGCGCACUCAGAAACAACACAAGAAUAACAAUGCGAAGAUCUGUUCUUACUUUAAUUUUAGCCUGUGCUAUGAGUUCUUCAUCUGGAGGUGAUGUUAGACUGGUCAAUGGUUAUAAUCCUUGCUCUGGUAGAGUUGAGGUCUUUCAAAAUGGCCGUUGGGGAACUGUGUGUGAUGACUCUUGGGAUAUUAAUGAUGCUACUGUGGUGUGCAGACAGGUGGGAUGUGGAAAAGCUCUUAAUGCAAACAGUGAGGCUUCUUUUGGUCAGGGGAGUGACCCAAUCUGGCUGGAUAAUGUUGAAUGUUCUGGAAGUGAGAGCAGCAUAAUACAGUGCAAACACAAUGGACUAGGAUCACAUAAUUGUGGCCACCAUGAAGAUGCUGGUGUUAUAUGUUCAGGUAUGAGAAUAUUCAUCCAUUUAACCUCAAACUUUUUUCAGCUCAGUGACAAUAUGAUUUUCUUCUCCUGGAUAGCCCAAUGAAACAUGAAAUGUCUUUUCUUUAAUCAUUGUUUGUUGCAUGUUGCGGGCGAAGUGAGUCACAAGCACACACACAGAACAUUACCCCACUAUCUCUGAAUAACUUUUUAUCCACUACAUGUUUGUGUUGUUUAAAUUUUAGGAACUUACACUCGAUUGCCAACAAAACACAGACAUUUGAUGCAUUUUUACUUACCGCCUGUUCUCAUAACCUGGUUGUUUUAUGCCCUGUCACGUUAAGAGGCAAUACACGAGACGUAAUCCUCAUUAAAGAUAGUUUAUUUAACUACAGCACAGAGUAACCUAAACCAUGCGCUUAUACUCCCAAUAAUAACACAGCCCCUCCCUCUAGUCGUUCACAUACCCACAACUAUGGUAGCUUAGUAGGCACAAAAGUCAAUCUCACAACAUGCCCCAUUUCAAUGAAAUCCAGCGUUAAACGACACACUUGCUACCCCAGAUAAACAAACUACAUCCAUUGUUCCCAUAAUGCUGGGUUCUUUGAGAAGCUGAACAAGCUUAAUUUUCCCCUUAGAAACAACAAUAUGUGGUGCAUGUGUUACACUUUUAAGAAUGAAGCGGAGUCCAUUCCGAUGCAACACAUUUAAUUUUGUAAAAAUACAGGAAAAAAACACAUUUAAUAAGGAGCACUCCCGGUCUCACGUGUACUGAAGCUCAUGCACUGAUACUAACACUCUGCUUCUAUGAGCCUCAUUGAGUGAUUCAGUCAUGUGUCUGUGAGAGCGCCCCCUGCUGACAAGCCUGAGUUCAGCAAGAGCAACUACAUUUAGAACAGUGCAAAAUCACAAUACAGCAUGUCACAAACCUGAAAUUGUUCACACACAGAGAUUAUAACAAGUUUAAAAUUUAAAG